UAACCGAUCUAUCGUGUCGUUGUGCUUCCCACCAAACGAGUAUCGCAGCGGCCUGUUUUGCACCCCAAUUCCGUCCUUAGUUCGAUCUUUCCGCUCGAUCAGUGAUUCCUUGAUACAGUCUAUAUAUCUAUAUAUCUUUGAUACGGUAUACCAUCUCAUCUUUCAUCUUAAUCGUUUCAAACUUUAUUUCAUUAUUUUUUUAUCAAAUUUUUAAAAUCAUUUGAUAUCCAAGUUAAAAAACUGAAGGGAUCGUGUGAGAGAGUGACAGGAGAGAAAAGAAAAAAGAAGGGAAAAAAGGAGAUCGAAAUAUUCGAUCGAGGAAUUCAAACAUCGGAUUUUAUUUCGGUCAAAAGUGUUCUAGUGUUGAAUCGCGCGUGAUCUCAUUCCAGUUUGAAAAUUACAACGAAAAAAAGAUUUUUCGUCACGGAUUCAAGGGGAUGAAGGGGACGAGCUUAUCGAUGAACGAAUAAUCAGAUAGAUUCAUCCCGGCUGCCAUAACCAGCGAUAUGAUUUGGAAUCAGAAGCCAGGAUCGUGGGGCCAAGCCAUCAUUUUUCUUCUCCCGACGAUCUGUUUCAUUCUCGGUGCACAAUCUGAAAUUGUCAAAGAAUCAACGUUGUGCGGCCGAACGAGAUGCAAAGCGACGGGGAGCAAAAAAUUCAAAUACGAAGAAAACGUGUCGUAUUGGUACAGAUAUUCGGUGGAUGUGAGCACGAAUUUGGGCAAUUCGAACGCGUCGUCGUUGCCAACUUUAUCGUCCGAUUUCCCCGGCAACGAGUCAACGUUACGACUGGACGCGGAUUUGUUGAUUCGUUUCAACGGCCCUUGCGAGGGUAGCCUGAGAUUCGAGAACACGAGCCUGAGCCACGAUCGUCGAAAAUACAAUCCGGAAUUUCCGGACCGGGCCGGCGCGGAUUUCAAGGUGAAUCUGGAACGUUUCCCGUUGAGAUUCACUUUUGACGACGGUCAAAUAGACGAGUUAUGCCCCGACAAACGGGAACCGAUAUGGGCGUUAAACUUGAAGAGGGGCGUGCUAUCGAUGCUGCAAAACACCAUGGAGAGAUUCGACGUGGAUCACCGCGCCAACGAGGUGGACGUGAACGGUGUCUGCGAGACGAGUUACCGCUUCCACGGAGCGAAACGAACCAGUCUGAUCGUGAAGAAAACGAAAGAUUUGUCGAAUUGCGACCACGGGUCGAAAUACUUCUCCGUGAUCCGUUCCAAUUCUUACAAAAGUCCUCGUUCUCGCGCCCCUCGUCAUCCUCUUUUCGCGUCUCACGCCGAGUGCGAGUUAACGAUCGAUCGUAAGAUCUACGAGAAGAUCGCGUGCAAGGAGUUGCACAGAUUGCUGCCGCUGUCGAGCGGCGAUACGGGCGCGAGAACCGAGUCCGCGGCCACGCUUCGAUUGGUCAAAGAAUCGAGAGACGAUUACGGUUUCGACGAUGGAUACGAGGCGAGCGACGAGUACGGGACCGAGCGAGAGGAGGACGAGGAGGUGGAAGAGAGAGAGGAGAUUAAUAAUAGUAAAUACGCUCGAGGAUCGAAUCGCGGGAGAAGAAGCAGCUUGUUGUACGAUUAUUCGAAAACGCCGAGGACUAUGCACGGCGAAUUGAGAAGUUCGAGGGAUUUGUUAAAGGCGAUGUGCAGAUUGGGAAUAAGCAUGGACGAGUUGGAGCAACGAUUCUCCGAGAUGUUCACAGCGUUUAUCCAAUCGGCGCGAUUUCUCGAUUAUCCCUCCUUGUCGCAAUUGUUCGCCAGAGCCGAUGGCAUUUGCAAGACCGGCAAGAAACACAUCGUGAACGCGUUGCCAUUCAUCGGUAGCAACGCUGCACUGAACGUGAUGAGAGAUUUGAUGAUAAAACGAUACGUGGAUCAAACGACGAUCGAUAAUUGGAUAAUUGCGUUCGCGUUCAUCCCGCAACCGGAUCGAAACACGAUCAAUAUAUUAUCGCCUCUUCUCGAGCUUCGCCAAUUUUCGGAAACUCAAUUCAUAUUGAGUUAUUCAGCUACGAUAUACGCUUUUUGCUCCAACCAAGGUGUGCAACGUUGCGUCAACGUCGAACAAGUGACGCGAUUUCUCUCGCAUUUGGAGCAAAAACUCGAGAAGGGUUGUGCACCUCGAAAGCAUUCGUUUUCUACGAUCAAGGAGACAUUAGAGGCGUUGAAAGCGAUUGGAAAUAUGGGUUUGGAGACGGAGAGAUUGUCAAAAUUAUUGAAAGAGUGUAUAGACGAUGUGGGAGGAUUUCUGCCGAUGGAGGUUCGCGUAGCGAGUAUCGAUGCCCAUCGUAGAAUGCCAUCUUGCGAGAGAACGCGAGACCUUUACUUUCUGAAUUACUAUCGAAAUUUUACUUUGGAUACUGAAUUACGCAUUGCAUCUUACUUGCAAGUGAUGCGUUGUCCCGAUUAUAACGUCGUGAAAACGAUCAAACACACUUUGAAGUUGGAGGAGAUUAAUCAAGUCGGUACAUUCGUUUGGAGUCAUUUAACCAAUAUUUACAAUUCCGCUUCGCCGACCAAAGUGGAAAUUCAAAGUCUGUUGACGGAUCGGGAUCUCGACGACAAGUUCAACAAUGACAGAAGAAAGUUUUCGCGAAAUUACGAUGGUUCCUUCUUUUCCGAAGAGUACAAUUUCGGCGCCAAUUACCAAGGGAAUCUUAUCUUCUCUCCUAAAUCCUACAUACCUAGAUCAGUUACGUUUAACCUGACUUUCGAUCUGUUUGGCGAAUCUGUAAACGUUGUUGAAGUGACGACUAGACUCGAAGGACUUGAAUAUUACGCGGAGAAAUUUUUCGGCCCCGAUGGACCGUACAGUAACGAGAAAGUAUCGAGUUUCUUUCUUCAAUUAUUCCGAAGCUUCAGAGCAGCCCCUGAACAGGAAGAGGAUUAUUGGAAACGUGUGAAACGGAUACCGAACGUUAUCGACAAUAAUUUCAACCAGCCAAGAAUCAGUCUUACUUACAAGGUGUUCGGGAAUGAUUUGAAAUAUUCGACGUUGAACGGCGAUCGUGAAAUUAGAGAAGCUUUGAUACACUUGAAUCCAUGGGAGAAGUUUAAACAAAUCAUUUCUGGGAAAGAAAUUCACCACGAAAUAAUGUUCUUGGAUUUCACUUACGUGGUUCCAAUGACGACGGGGCUACCGGUACGUUUGGAUCUUGCUGGCUCUGCGGCGUGCAAUUUCAAGAUGUCAGGAUUAUUGGAUACCAGAGCGAUCUCCAAGGCGGAAAUCGAAUUUAUCAGCAAUGUGGCACCUAGCAUAAACGUUGACACGACCGGUAGCAUGACCGUGGACGCUUUUUACAAAACGGCCGGAACUAAAUUGCGGACAAACUUGUACUCCUCGGGUGCGGUUCAAAUCCACCUAGAGGUAAAGGGAGUACGCUCGAUCAAACUCAGUUUAGGCCUACCGAAUAAAAGGACGGAAAUGUUCUCGAUCGCCACCGAUAUUCUUUUGACGAGAGGUAACGGGGCCGAACACGAGGAAAAACCGCUCGGAGUACUAAUCGCUGGCCAGCACAGCAACGAUCGAAGUUUGACGCGACCCAUGUCCCUGCCAAAAAACGUGAUCGCCAACACGAGUUGCACUUGGGCCGCUCUUGACAGAUUAGUAGGAUUGAAGCUGUGCCUCGAUUAUCAAUUAUCGAACGUAACCAAAAAUCCUAACGCGCCUUACUUUAUUUUGAACGGCCCCACACUUUUCAAGAUUGCCUUGAUCAAAGCUGACCCGACUGCCAAAAAUUAUUUCUUCAAGUAUACGUGGGAGAAGAACAAGGAUGAAAAUACUUUUAAAAUCGCAUACGAUACGUCUGGAUCGCAAGUGAACAGGGAAUUAAGCGCGAUGAUUUCCUUCGAUGCAAAAACUCACAAUGUUACCGUUUUAUUGCGAUCCGCUGGAAAUUCUCUGGUGGCGGAAGGUACUUACAAGAGCACGGAAAACGAGACGGUUGUGGAUAUUGGUUUUGAUAUAAAUGGUACCAAGCAUCUGGACGCGAGUUUGGGUUACGCGAUUAAAAGAUUUCACUACGGAUACACGUUUGCCCCUCAAAUGCAUCUGAUAGUGAACAAUGAACUGAUCGCCGCUCUCCAAGGUACGAUUCGAAAUGCUUCGAAAAAUAACGUUUCCCAAUGCAACGUGGAUCUGACGUUUCAAACGAAAAAGGUGUGGAGCAAGCUGGUAGGUUACAUCGCUCGCAGAAACAUAAGCUUGACCAGCGUCUUCAACUUGGAAUAUCAGUUGCAAACAAUGGCUAAGAAGGAAACCGUUCGCCUCGAGCUAUCGUCCUCGAAUCGCUCCUCGAAAACUUUGACGCAUAAAACGAUCGAUCUAAAGUUACAUUCCACCGCGUAUCCACAAUUAAAUACAGUGAUAAUCGCCUGGUACCAGCAAGCGCUCGGCCACCUCGAGUUGCACGCGGAAGUAAAUUCGAGUCCUUAUCUUAUGGACGAUCGUCACAAACUUACCGCCCAAUUGAUCAUUUUUUAUUCGAAGACGUAUUUUCAAAACCAAGACACGAAAGUGAGCGCGUUAAUCGCCAUAACGAAACCUAUUCAAAAAUUGGACGUCAAAGUGAAAGUUAAUCACUACGCUAUGGGGCCAGAGUCGAAAACGAGCUUCUUGAUAGGAUACGCACCAGGAAAAGAGAUCAGUUUAACGGUGAACUUGUUGAUGCCACGUGGCCUAACGUUCGCUGUGGAGGGCCACGCGAACUUGACGAUCCCAAACUUCAAUUCGAUGCUGGUCGACGUACGAAUCACGGAGAGAUCGAAGCGAAUGUACGAGCUUGAUCUUUCGGGAACUUGGUUCAACGGGCACAACGUGACGGCGCGGGGCACAUAUUCGGAUAGAUCGGUGGCAACCGUGGUUAGCCACAGUUUAAAACUCGUCUUGAAAUCCCCUAGUUUCAUCAACGACAUUCUCGUCCAUUGCAAAUUGUAUCGAAAUUACAGCGACAUCAGGGUCGAUUUGCGGGUGGAGCAGGUGGAUCGGGAUAAGUACGCGUUCGUCUUAAAUCACACGGUGGCGUCGCCGACAAACUUGAUAUCGUACGUGGAGGGAAGGUACAAGGGGAGCGUGUACUCGGUGACGACAGACGUGAACACCGAGCGAGAGAUUCGAAUGGAGAUACACUUGGACAAGUGGCGAGACGUCCAUCUCGCGUUGACAGGUAUCAACGAGAGAAACGAGAAAGGAUUCGGAGCGGAAGUGAAAUGGGACGCGAAUCGUGACCCCGCGUUGAAGCUCGCCCUGUUCUCCUCCUUAAAUUGGCAAACGAUUCAAUUGCUAGCGGUUAAUAAUCCCUCCAACUUGGAGGAACAAUUAAUCGAGAGAAACGUCAGCGGUAUAGCCACCCUCACGUAUCCGGGCCGCUUCGUUGUUUGCUCGUGUCAGGUAACGGCGCGCGGUUAUUACGAUUACGUCGUAGACGCCUCCCUCGAUUGGAAUCCGGAACAAACGAUCAAAUUAUUUAUCGCGACGGAAUACAAGGUGAACGAGAUGAUCAGCUUUACCAGUUUGGAGACACGAUUGGUCACACCGUUUGAAAAUUGGAAAAAAACUGCUUUAAACGCUAGGUAUACGAAGGAACAGAAUCGGAUAAAAGUGAGUAGCAGCGCGUAUUGGAAGGAUUCGCAACGUUUGAUCGCGGAGUUGGAUGGAAGUGCGGAAAAACACGACGAUGUUAGAGAGUGGAGAAUCAAUUAUGGGUUAAACAGUUCGGUACAAUUUAUUCCGUCCACUAUCGUCAACAUAACCCACAAAAUAGUCAAUUCGGAAAUCGCCGACACUCGUUUAUUGGUGAAAUAUCAUCUGGAUAAAGUUAUCAACGCUUGGAGUAUUUGGUAUUUGGACAAAGAAUCGGAGAAUGUUUUCAACUUGACCGGCAAUUUGCAUUUCGAAUCGCCGAUAACUCGUUACAAGAUGACCGACAUGAAAUGCCAAUUGCAAGUGUUGCAGGAUUGGAAGUUCUUAGGGGCGGCUAAUUUGAAUCUGGACAAGAAAAUUUAUAGCGGAAGAUUGGUCGGCGAUUUGCAUCUUUUGAAGGAAUCCAUGGUGGAAUUCAACGUCACCACUCCUUUGGAAAAGUUCUCUCUCGUGCGUGGAAGAUUCGGCCUCUCGGAGAAGAAUAAACACGUGGUCGCGGAGAUAGUGACACCUGUCGGCGAUAUCGGUUUCGAAGCACUCUGUCAAUUCUUCACGCCGAAUCACGAUUUUAAUGUUAAACUAUUGCUCGCAACUCCGUUGGAAAUGAUUCGCAGGUUACUCAUGAUCGCCAAGUUGAACGAGCGAGAGGCUGAUUUUCGUGUCGGGUAUAACCGCAUGGUCGGUGGGUUUCAAGGAAUUUGGCAUUAUCACAAUAUCACUGAUUUUCAUUACAGAUACGUAUUAUUUACGCCACUCGAUGGUUUCGAGGAGAGCGGAAUCGUUGCCAAAUUGAUCGCGAUAAACACUCAAGAUAAUUAUUUUGACAUCGAUACGGAAUUCUCUUUAAGAUUGUCCGAUAAAAAAUUGGGCGAGACGAAAUUCGGUGCGAGAGCCAAAGCUGGUCCAAAACCUGCACCAGUCACUAUAUCGAUUAAAUCUCCGAUUAUCGCGGAGAACAAUCGCACGAAAAUUGGAGAAUCGAGAGAAACGCAGGAUUACUCGCAGGAACGUGGCAAUAACAGGGAGAUGACUGAAGGAAAAAAAGAUACGAUCGAAGAGGAGGAGUUAGAAGAAAUCAUGGAAGAGGAAGAAGAAGAAGCUAACCUUCAUUGGCACGCGGAAAUCGAUGUUUGUCUCGCGAUCGUCGAACCUAUCGAAGGAGAACUGGAUAUCGAUAAAGAAGGAUCGACUUACAAGGUUGCCGGAUCUUUGCGAUACUUCGAUAAAAAGAUUCUAUUGGACGAUACAUUCUGGAUGGAGGAUCUCUUCAAUAUUAAAAACGAAUUGAACGUGAUCGUUCCGUUCAAGUUCGUUAACGAGAUCGUUUGCGUAAAUUCGUUCAUCGUUGAUCUAGAAACGAACGAUUAUAAAAUGGAAGUGAUCGUAAAUGUGCGGCAAAAUACGACUUGGUACGAGACCGGAUUGUUCGUGAUUUACGCGUAUCGUGAGAACGAAUCGGACGACUCUCACAUGCACGCGUUACAAUUGAAUUUGAAAACUCCUCUGGAAUCUAUAAAAUUCAUUCGCACGAGUACCAGUCUGGACAUCGAUGAGAACAUUUACAAGGCAAAACUCGAUAUUCGCGCGCCGAAUAGCACGAUCGAUUUGUUCGGAACUCUCGAAUCGGAAGAAACUUUAACGGAUACGACUCUCGUUAUCGAAAUCGAUACACCAUUGCUCAAGUUACCGAAAUCCACUGUGACCGCUAAACGCGAAUUUACCGUGAAAGAGAAAUACGCGAAAGUGACUUGUGAAGUAGCCGAACCUAUCUCCUUUUUCUUCCAAUCGAACUGGUACGCGACGGAAGAUCAUAUCAAAGCUCUUGUGGCUUUCAAAUCUUGGAUAGAGUUAUUGAAAAACAUCGAGAUCCAGCUUUCUUAUUCGAACACGAUCGCGAGCAACGGUACCGCGAAUUUGAACAUUUUAGCGAAACAUUUGCUCCAUCACCAAUACAAAUUAUCGGGAAAUUAUAGCAAAGAUGGUACUGUGAAAGUUGAGAUGUACACUCCUGUCUCGAGCAAUAAGCCACAUUUCGAGUUUCACGGCGAAACCGCGAAAAUGGUUUCAAACGAUUCAAAAGUGCGCGCGUUUAAUGGCCAAUUGCGUAAUCGCGUAACAAUGGAAACGCGUAGUGUUUCUGGUACCUUUGAAUCGACGGAAAAUGGUUGUUUGCGCGCUUUUAAUGUGACAGUGUGGCCAAAGGAAGGUGAAAUCAAUAACAAAAACGUGUUACGCGUGGAAAUGAAAAGAGAAGAGCACGGACUGAAAGUUGAUUUGAUAGGUUAUGUGAUAAACGGAUCGAUCGAUGCAAAAUUGAUCGAUUCUUUGAAUUGGGACGUAAGAGUCGAUGCGAAUUUUCUUAAAUCGUCAGGCGAGAAAAAUCGAAUUGGGUUAAUCGCUUUUACGAAGAUCGAGAAGAACGGUAACACGACGUUGUACGUUAACGCUGAAACACCAUUGGCCGAGAUUCGAAACGUGAGUUUGGAGGGAAGCGUGUUAACGUCGAACAAUAGCGGUGACGUUCGGAUAAUUAAUUGGUUGAACGAGCAAUGUCGAUACGUAACCGUUCAAUGGAAAUUGUUAUACAUAGAGGAUUUAUUAGGAAGAGUAUUGAUCGGACAUCAAGGAUCGAGAAAGGCAGAGGACAAAAUCGUCGACACCCGAUUAUUUUUCAAGAAUCCUCGUCACGCGUUCAGGAACGUGGACGUUGGUUUUGAUUUGGACGUCGAUCGCGAGAAAUGGAAAUUCGCGGCAAACGCGACGAUCGGGUUCCGUAAUCACGAGAAUAUCGACGGAGUGUUCACCGUUAGAUUACCACCUCCCAACAACGACGAUCAUCGUCUUCUCGUUAGCUAUCACGGCAACCAAGGUGUCAAAGAUGCGUCUUACGUGAUCGGCUACAACGCUUUGCGCGCCAAAGUCAACUACGCUUCUGAUGGCUCGAUACACAUGAAUACGGGAGACAUCAACGGACAUAUUCGAGCCUCCUGGGGAAUAUUACCCGUUCAAUCCGUGAAUAACGUGUUCAAUUUAAGCUUCGACAAUAAAGAGAUCGAACUGAAAUAUUCGCUGUACACUCCGAAAUUCCAACAACAAGAAACAUUAGUUUUCUUGUUCGAUUAUAACGCUAUGGACCAGUCGAGCGACAAACGGGCGAUAAAUGCCAAACUGUAUUAUCCAGCGAGCACGCGUAUCGCCUCGGCAAACGUAUCGUACGAAAGUUUGAUGAACGUGAACGGGACCAUCGAUUCCAUCUUACCUCUGGUCAACGUUUCGCAGUUAGGCUGUCAAUUCAUCGUGUUCACCACUCUGCAACGAAACAGAAGAUACGCGAAAGUGUAUUGGCCGCAAAACGUCGCGAUCCUCGACUCCGAUUACAAUUAUCGGAGCGAAAAAUUGAAUUCGGAUCUCGAAGGAAUAUUGCACGCGGAAAUUCCUUUGAACACGCGCCAUGUCGGUCAUUUGACGUACGGUUACAAGAAACGGCCGCAAACGACCACCGGUUAUUCCAAAUUAACGUACAACGGGAAUAACGUUCUUCACGGUCGAUACAAUUCGACGAGCGUGUCGAGGGCCGGUUUCGAGAAAGAUCAUACGCAAAUCAUGAUCGAGAACUCGUACAAACCGAUAGGCAUCGUUUAUAUAAAUAAGUACGAGUACAGCGCAGGGAACGAAGGUACGAAUUAUCCGACCGUGGAAUUCAAACACGUCAACUUGUACCGAUUGGAUAACGAAACGGCGUUCAACGUGGUGGGCGAAUCGUGGAUCAGAACGACUCACACCGGCCAAGAUAUCCGUUUGAAGGCGAUACACUCGAACAAGACCGUGCAAUUGAAGACCGAGUAUCAAGUUUUACCGGGUGAAUUCGAGCAAACCAGCUGGUUCAGUCUUGCCCCUGACGUUUGGAUAUCCUAUUCCAUAAACAUUUUGAACAAAACGACCGAGGACGUGGAGAAUCAAUUUCUCGUUUUAAACGUCUCUUAUCCCCGAAGAAAUUUCAGUCUCGAUGGUUUUUAUUGGAUCAACAGCGAGAAACUCGAGUCCGAGUUGAAACUCGACUGGGACAAAGAAACGGAAAGGCCUAAAACCGUCGGUGCGUUGUUCAACUGGAGGAAACUGUCAUCGGCCGAUAAGAACGACGUGCAUCAGCGAGCCAGUUUCGCUUUGAGGCAUCCCAGCUUUUCGAGGCAGGCCUCUUUGACAGGCGAGCUAGCGAAAAUUAAUUCCAAAGAUUCGAUCAAUUUUACCCUCACGGCCGAUUACUCCACCGACCCGAGCAAAUUGUUCGUGCUGUCCGCGACGUUGAAAAACGAGAGUGAUUUACCGAUUUUCAACAGAUACUCCUAUCGGAUAAGGGGUAAGCAUCCAAGCACGAGAUUCGAUUUGAACGUGCAUGGAUUCGUAUUCAAAUCUAACAACACGUUAUUCGUGAUCCAGAACGAUGGAAAUUACAAACGUAACUUUUUAACCGGAGAUACCGGAAAAUUAAACGCGAGGCUCGAUUUAGUUCGCGACGAAUUGGUUUUCCAACGAGAGCAUAACGAAGCUGUCAAAUACUUGAAUAUUCGGUAUUAUUCGUUCGAUGGUCGAUACGUCGUUAACGGAAGUGUCGCGAAUACGCCAAAUUUGAACGCCACCGGCGCCAUUUUCCUCGAUCCGGGUGAAAAAUUAACAUGGAUGAUGGUCAACUAUACUCCAGAUGCCGUGGAAAGUUUACGAAUGUACGGCAGAAUUCCCGAUGCUCGGAACGCUGUGUUCAACAUUUGGAGAACGUACGAGGAUGACUUAACCGUAUCCGAUGUCUCUUUUUACUUGAAACUCAAUCAUUCCCGACUCGUAACGUCCACGCUGCGCUGGAGACCCGAGCUCAAGACCGAUAUCGUUGCUCUCGUGAAAGGAACGGUCAUAGACGCUUACGACGGUAUAAACAACGAUAUCUAUUACUGGAAGCAAUAUGUAAAAAGCGAAACAGCGAGUAUAGUUUCCGACGUGUGGGACGACGCUCAACAAGAUCUUCAAGAAUUUCUCCAAGAUUGGAACAAUCUGAACGAGCUUCGCACGGAUUUGGAAGAGUUGAAGAUUUAUUUGAACGACUCCUACAACGCGAAUGACUUUUACAUCAAGGAUAUCGUACAUUUCGGAAUAUACGUGAUCGACGAGUUGUCGUUACGAAGUCACAUAGAAUCCUUGCCAAGCAUUUUGAACGAAAUAUGGGAGAUAAUGGGCGAAUCCGGGCAAGCUAUUAGGAACUCGUUGCUCUGGGUGAUAGAAACGAUCAAAAACACGUUCAACAAAAUUCCCGAGUUCGUCACCGCUAUUCUAAGAGGCGACAUGAUAUCAGAAUUGGCCACAAUAAUCGACAAGAUGCUCGAAAGGUACGACAAGUUCGUGAAGGAUCUUCACGUGUCGUUCAUCAAAUACAUAGGGAAUCUAUGGGAGCGGAUGUCUCAGUCGAUCUCUCAACAAUGGAAUCAUUUCUUACUGCUCGUGGAACCGCUUUUCAUCAGAUUUAUUCACUAUCUGGAGACAGUCGUCUGGAAGGCGAGCAAAGAAGUUGUCGAUUUUCUUUACGAUCGAAGGAACGAUCUCAUCGCCUCCCCCUAUUUCGACCGUUUCAGUAAUCUCACUCAAGACAUCGACAAGUUUUAUAGAGACAUCAAAGUGAACGACAUCGUGACCAACGUUCAAAAAUAUUCAGCUUUGACGAUACGAUUCUUAAAGGAUAGAUAUUUCACCUUCGUCCCCUUUGGAAAAGAAUUGAAGGGAGUUGUUGACGAGAUAGUGUCCGAAUUGAAGGAAUUGCAAAAAUUGCCGUCUAUACGGUACAGUUUAGAAAAGAUGCAACAGAUAUACGAAAGGGCGUACGACGUUUACGUUUAUUUCGAGGUACAGGUGAAAAUCGAAAACGCGAUUCGACUAAUUCACAUGAAGUUAAUGGAUGUAAGCCAGACAGCUCUGCAGGCCGAGAACAGGUACAGGGAAGCGAAAACAAAGUUCAUCUUCGACCCUAGACAGGGUUUGAUGUGUUUGGAACAAAAACUUCCCAUGUCGUGGCAUGCGUUCAAUCAAACACCAGAGUUUCACGAGAUUCCUGAGAUCAGAGCUAUUUCCGACGCGAAAUCGUACUUCACUUUCUCCGAUGUGUCCUUCUGGAGUCUCUAUCGGUACAAACCGUACAUGGAUCCGUUUAACUGGCUACCGCCGUUCAGAGCCCAAGCGAUGAUCAUCGGCUUGCAACACUUCAUCACUUUCGACGGCCGUCACACGGACUUCGUCGGUUCUUGCACAUACUUGUUGGCUCGUGAUUUCGUGCGAAAUACCUUUGCCAUUCUUGUCGAGUAUCAGCAACGAUCCGAUCGAAUCACGCGCAAGAUCGUUGUCUUGCUUGGGAAAGACGCUCUCGAAAUAGAUUUUUUCAACGACAGCAUCAAACUUGCAAACUCGGAAAAAUCGCCCGGUGAAGCGAAGAAUCUCGUGCUUCCGAUCCAACUGGAAAAUGGGACUACGUACGUUUAUCAGGCUGAAAACGUGGUUACCGUGGAACGUAGGCAAAAUCAAUUUCGACUCGAGUGCAAUUUAAAAUUCGAUUUGUGCACGCUAGAGUUGUCCGGUUGGUAUCACGGAAAAACCGCUGGUAUUCUUGGAACGAUGAAUUACGAACCGAUGGAUGACAUGACAGCGUCUGAUGGAGUCGUGACGAAGAACGUGACGGCAUUCGGCGAAAGUUGGUCGAUCGAUCGGGAAGAUUGUCCCGCCGGAAAGACGAAAACUGAAAUCAAAUCGGGAGACGACUCGACGAUCUUGGAGUUUUGCGAUACUUUGUUCGCGAACAAAAGUUCGGAGUUCGUCAGCUGCUUCGACGUGAUCAAACCGAAGGAAUACUCAAAAAUGUGCGUCACGAGCAAAGGUAUAUCGGAAGCUUGUACCGUGGCGUUAUCUUACAUGCAGAUUUGCAUGUUCCACGACACGUAUCUCAGAAUACCGGAUGUGUGCAGCAAUUGCAGCAUGGUGGACGGUAAUCAAGUGGCAGAGGGGCAAUUCGUGAAAUUGGAAGGUGAUCGGGUACCCAGCUCGACCGACGUGGUGUUCAUCGUUGAGGGCAAAGAGUGUAAUCGGGGCGUGAAGGGGAAUCGUAGUAUCGAUCAUUUGGUCGCGCAGUUGAACAAAGAGUUGAAGGAUCAAGGUUUGACGGAUAAUCGUUGGUCUUUGGUCACCUUCGGUGCGGACGGUGUCUUCGAUCGUCCGAGGAGUGUAGUUUUCGACGGGCAAAUAUUUACCAAGAACGUGGCCCGAUUUACCGACUUUUUCGAUCACGUGCCCGUUGGCAAUGGGAAUCGCGAUAUUUUUGCGGCAAUCGCUUUCGCUUCGAAACUCGUGUUCCGUGCCGGUGUAUCGAAGACCUUCAUUCUAAUGCCUUGCUCGCAUUGCGAGCCGGAAAAUCAAAUGCUGGACUAUUCGGUGGUACACGAAGUAUUAUUGGAACACGAUAUCACCCUUCACAUAUUGAUGGACGGUGAUUUUGAAUUCGAAAAAGAGAGAUUGAAUAAGAUCUUUUACGGAUUGGAUGCGACGAAAUCGUAUACGAAGAAGGAUACCAGAACGUUAACCGGGGACACCGAUUUACGAAGGCAAGUGAAACUUCCAAAAACCGCGCUCGGCUACUGUACACCUUUAUCUUUGGAGAUCAAUGGAACCAUAUUCAGCGGUGAUAAAUUACGCUUCGAUAAAUUAGCUUCGAUUAAGAAAUUCGCCAGCGUUUUCUCCAAGAGAGUAGCCUUGACCGCGCAUCCUAAUCCUUGUCAAAACUGUGAAUGCACUGCCGAUAAUAAUGGUGUCACACGAAUGGAAUGUAUCCCCUGCAUAUAUCCAACUCCGAUUUCCGUCGACUAUGAAAUGUUCAAUCUCAACGAUUCGUUGGCAUCUCUACAACCAUUGAACAUCGAUUACGGUCAAAUUGAUAUCGAUGACACCUGAGGAAUCACGAAAAUGGAUGGAUAAAUGUAGCAUUCCUUCUUUGUUUUUUUUUGUUUUUUUUUUUUUUUUUUUUUUUU